GAGCCUGCAAAAUCCAAAAAGUUAUUCGAUUCUUGUCGUGCAAACAAUUGCAAAAGUUUUGGUUAUAUUUGCUGCAUUACUGUUAUUACCCGCUGCGGGGCACUGAGGCACAAUGGAUGCUGACUUAUUCGUUUGUGAUUUUAUUUUAUGGGGGCAGGCACUCAGAGGGUUCAACGCAGUACGUUGCGUUUAGAGCGAGGGCGACAACAACAGACGAGGAACAACACAAAGGGACUCGGGGAACAUCUGUCAUCUUGAUCGUUGAUAUCGACGUUUUAUAUGAUAUAUGGGUGACCCCCGUGAGGGAGUAACGGUCGUUGUCUAGCCUAUAGUGUAAUAAACGCGCUCAAUUUGUCAUUUUCAUAGAAAGGGUGAUGCUACCAUGUCGGACAGGUGCAUUGACCUAGGCUACCGUGUCUACUUUAACAGAAUGUUUUUGAUAUCUACUUUAAUCAGAAACUUACCAACAAAGAAGUUUCGUGCGAUCGCCUAACGAUUAUGUUAUUGAACAGUGCGGUGAUAUUUUUGUUGGUUGACCAGACUUUUUUUCAGCUUGACCAGGUUUUUCGGCUUCAUUCCCGUGUUCAAUAUUAGACUUUGAAGUUGUGAUGUGCUUUGGUUGAGGUUCUUAGUGGUACGAGAUUCUGGUGGCCUGUGAACAGUUCUUGAGUCAGGGCAUUAAUUCCAGCCACAGAACUUUCAAGAAUGAAAGCACUGGCACUGCGUCUCCUCUCCAGGAUGCAGCCAUUCUUCUGGAUCGGGCUCCUGUUUCUAGAUGUGUACGGCAUGUCAGUCUUGUCACCUCACCUGGCAACCUCCAGAUGUGUGGGUCAUGCCUGCAGUCCUCCGGUGGGGAACCUGGCUACUGGCAGGGUCCUCCGCACACUCACAGGCUGCUGCAGGAACAGCUCCCGGGAGUCGUGCUCUUCCCUCCAACGACCAUGCUCUGAGGGAACAGCACACCCACCUGCGCAGAUGGCUGAUGACCCCUUCCUACACCCGAACACCUGGUGGGAGUCUGGGGCUGGCCCUGGCCAGGAGGAGGAGAUCCGCCUGGACCUGGAGAGCCGGUUCUGCAUGACUCACGUGGUCAUGCUUUUCCGCUCCCCUCGGCCCGACACCAUGGUUCUGGAACGUUCCGUAGACUUCGGUCAGUCCUGGCAGACACUGAAGUUCUUUGCCUCAAACUGCAGCUCUGCGUUUGGCCUCGCUGAUGAUACCAGCCAGCCAGGGUCGCUGUGCACCUCACGCUACUCCAGUGCUGUGCCCUGCAGUGGAGGGGAGGUUAUAUUUCGCUCAAUAGGCAAAGGCAAAGAAGUGGACGAUCCUUACAGUCCGGAGGCCCUCGCCUUACUCACUCUCACCAACUUGCGCAUCAAGCUCCUCGAGCCUCAGGUUUGUGCGGGGUCUCCUUCCGGCUCCUCCAGGGGCCACAGUAGUCCGGAGACGCUCCCUGGUGUCUUCUCUGUGGCCACCAAGCGUCGUUCAGCCCCCUCCAAGCCAGCGCCCUACGCCAUCUACUCUCUGCUGGCCCGGGGAACGUGCCUCUGUCACGGGCACGCGGAGCAUUGUGUGCCCACGCAGCAGGGUACAGACCAGCUCCCUCCAGAGGGAAUGGUGUCUGGCAGGUGUGUGUGCUCGCACCACACGGCGGGUGAGCACUGUGAAAGGUGCGCUCCCCUCUAUAACGACCGGCCCUGGAAGCCUGCCAACGGCAGCAGCGGCCAGCCAAAUCCCUGCCAGAAGUGCGAGUGUCACGGCCACUCGGACAGUUGCCACUUCUCGCAGCGAGUGUGGCUGUCCACAGGGGGGAUGAGUGGAGGGGUCUGCAACGACUGUCAGCACAACACAGUGGGCCGGCGGUGCCAGCGCUGUCGCCCCGGUUACCAUCGCCACCCAGCAAUGCCACUGACCUCUCCGUAUGCUUGUACACGUUGCUGGUGUAAUACUGUUGGGUCGAUCCCCUCACAUUCUAAAGAUGAGGCACCUUUAUGCCACCCCAGAAGCGGGCAGUGCCACUGCAAACCAGGGGUUGGAGGCACAAGCUGCAGUCAGUGUCUGCCAGGGUACUGGGCGUUUGGCCCAGGGGGCUGCAAACCCUGUGCUUGCCCUCUAAAAUGCGAUGCCGUCACUGGACACUGUAUUGACAGUGAUAAGCUCUACCACAUUCCCAUUGGAGGCAAGAUCCCUGACCUGCUCCACGUAUUGUCAAAUGAAGAUGAGAGAACAUGGUCCAAAGAGCUGGCAGUGUCUGCCUUGUACUAUACAGGUAAAUGCAGUUGCAAAGAGAGAAAACUGAAAGGUGUGGCUGAUUUAUGCAAGACAAAACAUGCAUACGCAAUAAAAGCCAGUGUCCUGUCUGCCCAUGACAAAGGAAGCCAUGCCGUUGUGCUUGUCAAAGUUAGGAAGGUCUUGCGCUCAGGAAAGGUGCCAGUCUCUCAGGGCACUCACAGCAUCUUCCCACUGUCCUGGACCAGCAGAGGAUGCACCUGUCCCAUCCUGAAUCCAGGAAUGGAAUACCUACUGGCUGGACCUGAGGAGGUGGAGUCGGGUCGUUUGCUGGUGACCAUGCAAAGUUUGGUGGUUCCCUGGACACCGAUGUUGGGGCAUCAUGUGGCAGAGGGACUUCGGCAAGGCUGUCUCUGAGCUCUUAGUGUUUGCUCCACGGGACACAUGAAAGCCAUUUGCCAAGUGAACUGUGGUCACUUGAGCUUCCAGUUUACAUGGCUAAGCAAGCUGACUUUCAGUUCCUUCUUGGCGCCUCUUGUGAGUAGCAGUAGGACGCACAUACAAGGGCUGCUGACCAAGUUGCUCAGGGGUGAGCCUAUGGAACAUGACCAUUGGAACAGACUCCUUUUAUCUGAGAGGCUAUAAAGACAAGCCAUGGGGGUAAUUGUCUUGUGGCCUAAUAGUCACUUGUCUUUUUUGUAGUGGUACUGUAGUGUACUCUUAACCCACAUUCUUGACAGAAGCAGAUCUUUUAAUUCCAAACACCGAUACCUUCAGUGUCAUUCUUUUGGAUUGUUUCCCUUCCAUUCUGUGUGUUCAGGCAGUACCUAAUUUAGCUGAAAGCCUUAUCAUUGCUGGCUCAAUGACAGAAGGGAAACUGGGCAGUACACAUACUGCUGGCUUCACAUUGAUUAGCUUCACAAAUGAGACUGCUUCUGUAGAUAUUCUCCCAUGAGACACGUCCACAAUGUAACCAAAAAAGUAAUGAAUUAAUAUUUAAGGUAUUUGAUAAUAUGUUCAUUUGUAUAAAGUAUGUCAUCUGUAUGAGAUGUACAACAAGGUGUUAAAAACAUUUCAGUGAGCAGUUGCACGAAAGGUGCAAAAUGCACUGAAGAUGGCGUUUUUGUUAGUAUUGAAGUUAAAUACCAUAACAUAAGUAGUAAUGUUCAAAAAUGAUUAGAUAAAUAAUCUCCACAGGUUGAUAUAGGCUAGUAUUUUGUUGCAUUAUAGAUUGUCCUUCAACUAUACUGUUACAUAUAGGCUGCUUUCAUUGAACAUUGCUGGACAUUAUUUGAAAGAACAAACUAAUUAUA